GACUGGAGCUUGAGGAGAAGGAGGACCCUGUUGAAUUAAGGAGCAAGGCAGAGGAGGAUACUAGUCAGAAAGUACAAAAUCCCUGGGUCCUCGUGGGACUGAGUCAGGAGCCAAGGGACCUGUGGAAAGUGGCUCCUGCCAUCGUGGGGGGAAUCUUGCAAUACUUUGUGGUCGAUGGUGGCAGCUGGGAAAGGAUUGAGGAGAGUCAAUGCAACUGGUAGUUUCUGGAAGGGUGUGAAGAUGGACUCAAUGCCAGUUUGCCUCACCUUCAUCCUGGAAGAUGACAAAGCAGUAUGUUCUGGUAACCAUCACUGGGCGCACAAACAACUUCUUGAGGGCUCAGUUUGGCUUCUCUGAGGGAAGGUCCAGCUUGGCCACCCAAGCCACCUUCUGUGAUGGAGUGAGCAGCUGGCAGAUGUGAACAGCAGAGGACAGUGUUCACCUGCACUUCUUGGAGGCAUCAGGCUCAUCUGUUUGUCCUAGGAAAACUGUUGGCCGACAGGCUGGAUAAAUAGAAGUUGAGGCAGGAUGACUGGAUCCAGGGGUGGAGGUCAGUGGCACACUGUCCUAUGGGAAACCAGUCACUCAUGGUGUCCCAGGUGUUGGUGCUGGGCCCUUGCCUGUUUAACAUCUUCAUCCCACCUGACCGGCAUGACAGGGCACUCUCAGCAACUGUGCAGGUGACAGCAAACUGGGAGGAGUGGCUGGAAAACCGGAGGGUCGUGUUUCCAUUCAGAGUGGCCCGAAUACACUGGAUAAACGGGCCGUUAGGAAUCUCCUGAGGCUCAACCAGGGAGCAUGCAGGGUCCCGCCCCUGGGGAGAAACAACCCUGGCACUGGGACAUGCUGAGGGCCACCCUGCUGGAAAGCAGCUUUGCAGAGGGAUAUGAGGGGGGGCACCACAUUGACCAUGAGCUCACCAUCUCCUCAGGGCAAAGCAGGUGAAUGGGCUGCAUUGGAGGUGUUGCCAACAAGUCAUAGGAGGUCACGGAGGUGCCUGUGUCCCGUGCAGAGCUCUCAAGAGCAAGUCCUGGAGACAUGGAUGUGCUAGAGGGAGUCCAGUGAAGGGCCCCAAGAAGGAAUGGCUGGAGCAUCUUUCAUGUAAGCCGUUUGUGUUGCUCUGUGUGUGUUGUUGUUGUUGGUCGCCAUGUCAGUGCACGGUGUGUGUGUGUGUGUGUGUGUGUGUGUGUGUUGCUGUGUGUUGCUGUGUGUGUAUGGCUGUUGGCGGUGCUGUUGGUCUGUCACCGGCGUGGUGCCGGUUUGUGCGCGGUGCGCGCCCGGGGAACUUACGCGCAGCUCACACGGUGCGUACGCGGGUGCGCAUGUCCGUGUGCGCUCCUGCGCGUGUGUCCGUGCCUGCGCGAGUGUCUGUGCCUGCGCGCCUGUCCGUGCCUGCGCGCGUGUCCGUGCCUGCGCGCGUGUCCGUGCUUGCGCGUGUCCGUGCUUGCGCGCCUGUCCGUGCCUGCGCGCGUGUCCGUGCCGCGCGUGUCCGUGCCUGCGCGUGUCCGUGCUUGCGCGUGUCCGUGCCUGCGCGAGUGUCUGUGCCUGCGCCUGUCCGUGCUUGCGCGUGUCCGUGCGCACGCGCACACAUGUGCUCGUGCGAGCGGAUCGGUGCGCAUGCGCAGCGCCGCGCGCGUGCCCGAGUCGCGCCGGACGUGGCAGCGGCGGGAGCGAUGCGGGCGGUGUCGUCGUGGCCGUGCCCGGGGCCUUGGCUGUGGCUGCUGCUGCUUCUGACGGCGGCGCCGGCGGCGGGUGGCGGCUCGGAGCGCCCCCGGCUCCGCGAGGCCGUGCUGCGGGACCUGGCCCGUGGCAAGGUGGAGACGUGCGGCGGGUGACGGCUGAACCGCCUCAGGGAGGUGAAGGCGUUCGUCACCCAGGACAUCCCGCUCUACCAUAACCUGGAGAUGAAACACCUGCCUGGUGCCGACCCUGAGCUUGUGCUCCUUGGCCACCGGUAUGAGGAGCUAGAGAGAGUUCCCCUGAGCGACAUGACCCGGGAAGAGAUCAACCAGCUGGUGCAGGAGUUGGGCUUCUACCGCAAGGAGACACCUGAUGCCCCUGUGCCAGAGGAGUUCCAGUUUGCCCCUGCCAAGCCUCUGCCAGUACUGCUGCACCCCCAAGUGCCCACCACUGAUGGCAAGACCCCACCCAAACGUGACAAGGAAGAACACCCAGACCUCUAGUAAGGAAUGUCACACUUGGGAUGGGGUCCUGCAGCCAGUCCCCAGUGCAGGGAAUGAGGGUGUUGUGGCAGCUGGGGAUGGUGUCACAGGGUGUCAAAGGAUUUUCCCGUCCACUCUUGCCUGGUCCUGUGUAGCCUCUGCCCAAGGAUGCCCCAGGCAGAUCCAGCCUCAAGCAGGAGCUUCCUGGGCACUUGUGGGCAUUCUGAAGGUCCUGUGUGCUGGUUGAUGCCCACCUGUCCUUGGAGCCCAUUAUCCCUGGCCAGCUGGGACGAACAGCAGUCCUUUCAGUCCCUUGCUGUGUCCAAAGGUUUAGCUGCUCUGAGCACUAGGCAGCAAUAUCCUGCCUGCAUGGGACAGGAUGAAACCCUCAGCAGAAAGCGCCAGGUGCUAAGGGUAGAUGUGCUGAGUCCCAGUAGUGGGAGAGCUGCCCCAAGAAGGGGCUUUAUCCCCCAGCAGGGUUAUGUCAUAUCCAUCUCCUAAUAAAGCUUUUAUUUGCA